AUGGAGCUUCCCGAUGCCCUCAGCCCAGACAACCCAGGCCAUGCCCAGACCAUAUACCAGGCCAUCGAGGCGUCAACCCAGAGCCCCGUCCCGGAAGUCAGGAAGCCCGCGGAGCAGCUGCUCAAAGCUUGCGAAGAGCUUCCCGGGUACACCUCCGUGCUAGCCGCCAUCGCCACAACACACGCCGCACCGACGGACGCUAGAGCCACGGCCGUUAUCUUGCUCAAGAACAUGGUCAGGGUUCGGUGGAGGUCGAGGGGUGGGAGGGGUGCUGUGGUGGGGGACGGGGAGAAGGCUGCGCUGCGAGAGGUCCUGGCUGGUGCUGGCAUGGAGGAGCCAGAAGAGCGGGUGGUCUCGCAGCUGGCCGUCCUCAUGGGCAAGAUUGCGAGGGUGGAUUGGCCGGGGCAAUGGCCGCAGCUCUUCCCUAACCUGGUGGCCUCUCUUUUGUCGGGCAGUCCCCGCCGACAGAGGAUGUCCCUGUGCGGCACCAACGAAGUGCUGAAAGAGCUUUCAAUGAAAAGGAUUGGGUUCGACAAGGCCUCCUUCAUCAAGACAUCGGCCGAUCUCCUUCCGGUGCUGUGCCAAGCUUGGGACAGCCAGUGGGCGAUAAUAGAGGGCCUCUUGCCGUUGGUAGCGGCGGGAAACGUUCCUGACCCUGGUGGCUCUGACGGGGCGACGGCGGCCGUAGAGGCUGUCCCGCUGGGUACCGUUUGCAUAAAGAUAAUACGGCGGCUUUUGCAGUUCGGGAUUCCCGGGUUAGACCACCCUAGCAUAGAGCUCCUGUUUUCGGGCCUGCUACACCGGAUGCAGAGCGUGGUGGCGGCUUUAGAGCAGCACCAGGCUAAGGCGAGAGCUGCGUUGAGCCCGAACGUAGGUGGGGGCAAGGAGGACGGGGAGGCGGCAUUCUUGGGCGAGCUGCAGGAGCUAGCGGAGCGGAUGGCUUGCACGGCCGUCGACGCGCAGAAGGAUCACCCCAUUGGCUUUCGGAGGUAUCUUUCGGCGUACCUGUCGUUUUUUUGCGAGCAACUGUCCGCCAUGGCUCGUGUCCGGGCGACUUGCCCAUCCAAGGGAGUGGGAGGAACGGGGGCGGGUGUGGGUGCGGUUGCCGGGGGAGGGUUGUGGCGGGAGGCGCCUGAGACGUUCGGAGGCGUGGUGGACCCGCAGUCGAUUGGACCGUUCUGCAUCCAGUGCAUGUCCUUUGUCGCGAACGUCGUCUGCUGCUCUAGCUACCGGGAGGAGGUCCUUCAGAAGGCUAUCGCGGCGGCCACCGUAGCACCGGGGGGUGUUGCUCCGGUUACCGCUAGACGCCCGGGGGCCGGGAGGAUCAUUACGGGCAAGGGUGACGCCAUCAUCACUGCAGAUAUCGCGCGCGAGAUCUCGUCUGUGAUGACCGACUUCUUCACCAAGGAAAGGGUGGAGGCGUUGUUGGGCCUGCUUCUCGAGGGGUACUUGCCGUUGACGCCGGUAGAGCUGGGGGACUGGGAAGACCAGCCGGAGGACUACUUCCUCCUGCAGGAUAGCAUGGAGGCCAGAGAGAGUGUUAGGGUGAGCGCGCAGCAAGUCUACAUGGCUUUGCUCGAGGCAAGCGGAAACAACGUGGGGGGCGUCCUCGCUGCGGCAGUCGCCAACAUGCUGUCGCAGGGCGUUCAAGAACAGAUCGAGACCUGCCGGCAAACUACCAUCAGCCCUCAAGUGCUGGCGUGCGACGCCCUGUACCUGUGUGCCGGUCUGGGUGCCUACACCGUCAAGCAGCACUUCGACUUCCAGGCGUGGUUUCAGGCGUUCCUGGGGCCGGCGCUCGAAGCGCUUGUCGCGACCAUGCAGGCCAGAGCGCUGCAGGCACCGGCCGUAUCGGACUCCUGCGGCCCGAUGGUCUUGUUGCGGCGAUUGAUGUGGCUUCUGGGCUGUUGGGCGGAGCAAAUACCGGCAUCUCUCCGCCCCGCUCUCGUGCAGGCAACGGCGAACGUCAUGAAGGCAACAGAGGCCGACAUGGUGAUUCGACUGUCAGCCCUCAGUGCGCUCCGAAGCUUGCUUUCCCUGUGGGAUCUCGACCCCGAGCAAUGCCUUGCGCCGGCACUUGGGUGGCUGGUGCCUGCUCUGUACGCCAUGUUUAAAGAUGUCAGGGAAAUGGACAAUCGUCAGGAGGUUUUGACGGUGAUGUCGGAGAUGCUGGAGAGAUCGGGACGGCUGCUCGUGCCUCACUGCCAGGCUGCAGUGGCCGGGCUGCCCGACGUGUGGAGUGCCACCUCGUCUCAAACACCGCUCAGAUGCUCCUGCCUUCAGGUGAUGACGCACGUGGUCGACGCGCUGGGAAGAGACAAGGGUCCAGACCUUGACCGAAUAGCCCUGGCGAUGGUGGACGUUUCCACCAAGGUCGGCAGUGAUGAAGCGAUUUACCUCAUGGAGACGGGUCUGGGGCUUUGGCUGGCGCUAUUGAGACACGCCACGGACUACAGCGAAGGUUUACACAACCUCUUCCCGCGAAUCCCCGAGAUGCUCGACACAGACCUCGACAACCUCAAGCAGUCGAUGCUCAUCCUCGAGGCGCACGUGGUAAUCGGAGGCACCGUGUUCCUGCAAGCGCAUGGCCCUCUUGUCUGCACCUGCUUCUGCCGGGUUGUGGGGCAGGUCAAGCCCAAGGGAGCUGCAUUCGUGUCCCGCGCCUUAAACAGCGUUCUCAGAAAGUUCCCGGUGGAAGCCUCGAGGAUGCUUGAUGACGGUGGCGUAAUCCGCCAGGUGGCGGAGGCGUGUUUGGUGGGAGUUAACGACGGCAGUGACAGCUCCAGAGAGCCAGAUCUCGUCAUCGUGCAGCACAUUACCGUUCUCUGCAGGGUCCUGUUGGGCGCGCCCGCGACGCUACGCGGGGCAUUGCAGCAUCUGGCGGACUCGCACCCGGCAAGGUCCGGGGGACCAAACAGCACCAACGGCGGCGCAAGCGACGCUAAUCCUACCGCGAACCCGGACUGGCUGCUGGCUGAGCUGGUUGGGCAAAUGACCGCCCUUUUCGACUCCGCCGGGUAUAGCGAGGCUGGGGUAUGGAGAAGAAGGCUUUGGGCGAUGGCUCUCUUGAAACUACUGCCGUCAGCCAACAGCGGGGUCAUCAAGAACCUCGAUCAGAUUGUUAACAUCUGCGUGGACGUGCUGACGGAAGAGAGGGAAGACGGAGGAAAGAGGCUCAAGGAGAGCCUUGCUCAACCACCCGUAGGGGAACCGGACAGCGCAUCUGCCUCCGAACCAAAUCUCCUCCAUUCGAGGCUCCUGGAGGCAUUACAAGCCGACGUUGCCGUAACAACGGACUUGAAGGGUCUGGUCAGAGCGAGCAUGGAUGCUUUGCGGGCGACGCUUGGGGACCAGGGUUGGCAGGUAGCAGUUGAAACGGUCGAGCCGGUGGUUUUGAGAGAACUACAGCGAAUGGUGGCGUAGCCUAUACCGUAUUGAAGAACAACUAGACUGAUUUUUAGUCACAUGAUUUCUUACGGUGUGUUCUACCCUAUUGUCGAUGUGAACAAGUCCAACAUUUUGGCUGGUUUGGGAGUGACUGGUGAAGGGCGACAAAAAGAAGUGCUUGCUCCCGAUGGAUUUU